AACAUGGCAACGGCUAACGGAUUUAUUAUGGCUUGUUUUGCGUUUCGUCAAUUAUCUCCGUACUGUCUAACUGCUAAUUUUUUGAAAUUUCGACCUCUAUCUUGUUUUAUUUAGUUUGAAUUUACUAAACUACGUCCGGUUUUGUUUCUAACGAUUGUGUUUUAAGUCUUACUCUAUCAGUUUGGUGCGGUUGUGAUGCUACGAAGACGUUCAGACAGCUUUCUGAUGUAGUUGAAUUCAAAACGGAUUGAGUUUUUGCGAGGGACGAUGUCGAUCUCUCUCGCGUAAUUGAUUCUUCGCUGUUUAUUCUGCGUGAUUUCAUCGGUCAAAAGUUAAACAUGUACCGUCAUAUUUUGAAUUAGUUCUGAACACCGUACUAUCACGAGGAUACGCCAUGGACGAAAUAGAUACAUUCGCUGCCUCUGAAAUCAUCAAAGAUCGCCUGUACUUUGUCACGUUGUCAUCUAAUGUAAAACCCAAAUCCACUCCGAACACACAUUACUUUUCUGUUGAUCAUGAACUGGUGUACGAAAAUUUCUAUGAGGAUUUUGGUCCUCUCAACCUUGCCAUGCUUUACAAAUACUGCAAUAAAGUAUCAAGCAAGCUUAAGGCUGUUCAAAACACUGGAAAAAAGCUUGUCCACUACACAACCACAGACAGUAAUGACAGAGUAAAUGCGGCAUUUUUGAUUGGCUCUUUUGCGAUUUUAUAUUUGAACAAGACACCAGAAGAAGUCUAUGAGAUUCUUCAAGGAUAUUUCUACAAAAAUUUCAGGGAUGCAUCUCAUGGAGUUCCUGUCUAUCAGAUUUCUCUCAAGGAUUGUUUCUCUGCCAUCCAGAAAGCUCACAUGCUUGGAUUCUUCCGUUUUGAUGAUUUUGAUGCCGAAGAAUAUGAAUUUCUUGAGCGAGUAGAGAAUGGAGAUUUGAAUUGGAUUGUUCCGCAAAAGUUUAUUGCUUUUUGUGGCCCUCAUGCUCGCAGCAAAAUAGAAAAUGGCUAUCAUUUGCACUGUCCAGAAUCAUAUUUCAGUUACUUCAGGAAAAACAAUGUCACAACAGUUGUCCGCUUGAAUAAGAAACUGUAUGAUGCCAGCCGCUUCAACAAUGGAGGCUUCGAUCACAAAGACUUAUAUUUUCUGGAUGGUAGCACACCAAGUGAUGGGAUUUUGAAGCAAUUUAUGAAUAUUGCUGAAAAUGCUGCAGGAGCUAUAGCUGUCCAUUGUAAAGCUGGUCUAGGAAGGACAGGCUCAUUAAUUGGAUGUUAUAUAAUGAAACAUUAUAGAUUUACAGUGCAUGAAACAAUCGCUUGGAUAAGGAUUUGUAGACCUGGUUCAAUUAUUGGUCACCAACAACAAUGGCUCUCUGAUAAGGAGUCUCUGAUGUGGGUCCAAGGAGAUAAUUAUCGGUAUCAAAACAAAGGAAAUCCUAACAUAUUCCCCUUCCACAAGUACGGUAUUUACAGCCUCAAGAUAAAAUCAAUCAAGAAUUCAACAAAAGCAGAACUGAUCUCUGAUAAGCUCAUCAAACCAACAGACUCUGUGGCUCGCAUCAUGCACAAAGUGGAUAUCAUGAAAUUGAAUGAUCUAAAACAAGAGACCGAUGAAAAGGUUGCUAAAAUCCGAAAUUCGAAGAAUCUCUCCCACACUUGGAAUUAUCAGAUCACUCAGGCAAAGACUCCAUCCCCCCCUUCUUGGAAAGGUGGCGAGUCCAAAACCGUUUCCCCACUAACACAAGGAGAUAAAUUAAAUCAAAUUAAACAGUUCCGGAGAGUUCCCCGGGCACAUCUAUCUCCUUUAACAUCAAACACUAAUGGACUAACAGGACGAACCAAAACUCUCACCUCGCGAACCAGCGGUAAUGCCAAUGAGUCCAGUAUUGUUCUACCAUCCAAAGUUCCAAAAGUUAGUAGUUUAGGUGUGGAUGUUAUCUCGUCCAGCGGUGGACUUCGGCGAGGAGUACGACCAACCCCUUCACCAACAACCAAAAGAAUUUCAUGGAGUGGGAUGACACCUAACCGCAGCGUAAAUAUGAACAAAGUUAACCUUCAGUAUAAUAGACCCAUAACACGCUCUGUUGCGAAAGCAUAUCCAUUUUUUAGUUAUAAUUCUCCAUCAAGCCUUGGUAUGAAUCUCCGCUCCAGCCAGUCCAAUUUCUCACGACCGACAACAAGUUCCAAAACCUAAGUAGAAGAAAAAUCAAGGGCCACUCUCUUUUUACUUGAGAGUGGAGGACUGCUAAAUUUUUAAGUCAAACAGGUAAAUUUUCAAUCCCUUCUGCAGUCUCCCGUGGCUCCGAGUGAUGAAUUUUUAUUACAUAUUCUUACGUAUGUAACAUGAAGUGCAAUCAGUUAGUGAGCGGAUUCCUUAUUUUUUUAUCUGUUCCAUCAGAAGGUCACUUUAAAAUUUCUCCUCGUCCUUUAAAGCUAAUAUUUAGCUUGUGGCAAAAAUUCUGGUGUAUGUCUGUACUGAUUAACUUACGAUACUUUUAAAGUUGAAGUAGAGCUUUAUUUUUCCAUCCUCUUUUUCUGUUUUCUCCCUUCCAAAAUAUUUAUUUAAACAACUUUUUGUCGAAAUUUUGCUACCGAGAAACCGUUCCAGUUGGUUAUUCUUUAAAGAGUACACAAAUCUCUUAUCAGCAGAGAUGAUAAACUUUCAGUAUAGCACGAAAGAAAUGAUGAUUAGCUACUAGACGAAGUAAAGACAAUAUAUUUUCGUUUUAAAAUUUUUGAGGAAAUUGAGUUAAACAAUGAGAAAUCUGGAAAUUGACUUCUGAAUAAGAUGUAAGUGUUUGCAAUUACCACUGGUUAAAUCGAAAAUA